AUGUGGCUACAGCUAGCGCCACUCCUUGGCGAGCUCCCCAGCCACCCCAUUAAACCCCCUGCCGAUUCGAGUCGCGCUGCGCGUGAGCUCGCGGUCGCUGGCCGCGUCUGCGGCUUUACAUCUCUCGUUGCCGGCUUUCUCGGUUACGAGACCAAGUCCAGCCGCCCCAAUGCCCCCGAAAAGAGCCAAGCAAAGACCAUCAGGCGCAGCAGCAGCUCCAGCCCACGCACCACCACCACGACCACCACCGGCAGCAGCAGCAGCAGCGGCGCAGGCAGGAAGCCGACGGCCAAGAGAAAGCGGUGUCCAACGUGCGUCCCUCUUCCGUCCACUGGACCCAAUCGCCUCUCUUUCGCUCCGGUGCUGACCCUCCCGAUAGCAGGCGACCCCGUCCCGCAGCCGCGCAAGCGUCGCUACCGCCCCGGCACGCUCGCGUUGAGAGAAAUCCGCCGCUACCAAGCCAACACUGAUUUACUUAUGUCCAAGCUGCCGUUCGCCCGCCUCGUCCGCGAGAUCGCGCUCCAGUACCAGCCCGCGCGCGAGGAGCUGCGCUGGCAGUCGCAGGCCAUCCUGGCGCUGCAGGAGGCCGCCGAGGCCUUCCUGGUCCACCUGUUCGAGGACACCAACCUGUGCGCCAUCCACGCCAAGCGCGUCACCAUCAUGCAGAAGGACAUCCAGCUGGCCCGGAGGAUACGCGGCGUCUGGGGCGGCGCCGGAUGGGUGUAG